AUGGUCGCCCUGUUCACCACCGCCUUCCACUUCAGCUUCCCUUGGCCGGCCCAAGUCUACGCCGUGAUCAACAAGUACCCGAACCCGCUCGCGCCGCACGUCAUCACGAUGGACGUUGUAGAUCGGAGCGUCUUGCCGGACGGGACGGUGCGGAGUGAGCGGAUUAUCGGGAUUCGACAGGAUAGCCCGCGGUGGAUCAGGAGGAUUCUCGGCGCGCCAGACAUCACCUACGCCCGCGAAGUCUCCUUCAUAGUCCCCGCCUCCGUCGCCAGUCCCUCGACACCCGAUCUCUCCCCUUCCCUCACGCUUCUCGAACCUCCAAAACUCCUCAUGGCAUCAACCAACCUCUCACUCUCGACCCUCCUCCAAUGCCGCGAAACGAUCUCGUACAUCCCCCAUCCGUGGCCGUUCCUCCCCGCUCCUACUCGGCGACAAUUCGCUCCGCAGCUGAGCGUGCGGGACGAGCGGAUGAACGCAGAGGACGGCGGAGAGUUGCCCGAUGAAGACGAUGACGACGGGAACGAGCCCUAUCCCUCAGCGAAGGACACGGAUCACCCCCUCUCGCACCCGACAAUGCCGCCUACGACCCUCUUCUCCCAAUCCGCACUCAUCUUCUCAACAGGCGUCAUCGCAGCAGACCAUUACCCACCCUACGGCGUCGCGCCAGAUUGUACCGUCAAGCCCGAGACGUUCCCGCCUGGCGCGACUUACCCUCAGCGAGCGGCGGGCAAGAAGGUCGAGGAUUUCUCGAAAUCGAGGUUUGAGCAGAACGCGUCGGGCGGACGGGCGGCGAUGGAGUGGGCCGCGGGCAAGUUGUGGAGGGAUAUCGAGACGCCUGACGGAGGCGAGUAG